UUGCGAUUCAAGCGAACAGAAUUUCCACACAAUACAUGGAGUCCGGGUCGGAUUCUCAGCUCACCCACGCGGGCGCAGUCCCUGCCGGACUAGAAAACGCCCUGUCAGCGCCACAGUCCGGCGAUCUGGAGGCCAAUAGGUCGAAACACGAUGUCGGCUGGCGCCGCAUUGUGCGCAACUUUACUCCGGCAUGGUUCUCGGUGAACAUGGGGACCGGGAUCGUGUCUCUCCUCCUUAACACGCUACCAUACAAUGGUCUCUGGUUGUACUACAUUUCCAUUAUUAUCUUCGUUCUCAAUGUGCUUUACUUCGCCACGUUCUGCGUCAUCGCAACUCUGCGAUACACGCUGUAUCCGGAGAUCUUCAAAGCGAUGAUCACGCACCCGGCGCAGUCCAUGUUCCUGGGCACGUUCCCGAUGGGCCUGGCGACCAUUAUCAGUGUAUUCUGCAACGUGUGUGUCCCAGCAUGGGGCGAUGGCGCUGCCUACUUUGCCUGGGCCUUGUGGAUUCUGGAUGCCGUUCUUGCGGUGAUGACAGCAACAGUGGUGCCAUUUAUAGUAAUGACACGGAAAACCGAGAUUAGCUUAUCAGCCAUGAACGCCGCCUGGCUACUACCGAUAGUCUCAUGCGUUGUCGCCGCAGCAUCGGGGGCCGUGGUAGCAGGCGUCCUCCCAAAUGCGCAGCACGCUCUUUGGACGGUGAUGGUCAGCUACGCACUCUGGGGAAUGGGCGUUCCGCUCGCAAUGAUGGUCAUGGCCAUUUAUUUGCAGCGGCUUCUUCUUCAUAAGCUUCCGCCCAAGACAGUUCUUGUCAGCGUAUUCUUGCCCCUGGGUCCUCUGGGCCAGGGCGGCUUCGGGAUUCAAAAGCUCGGCGAAUGUAUUUACAAGAUCUUCCCAGAAACUCAAUCACUACAUGGGUCCACGGGGAUCAUCUUCUACGAAGGCGGCUUCAUCAUCGGGCUAAUAAUGUGGGCUUUCGGUUUGAUCUGGAUGUUUUUCGCCGCCGCCUCUCUGAUCCGAGCCCGGAAGUUCCCAUUUAACUUGAGUUGGUGGGGACUGACAUUUCCGCUGGGCGUGUAUGCGAUGUGCACUUGUCAAUUGGGACGAGAGUUGCCGUCGACGUUCUUUGCGGUCCUUGGGACUAUCUUUUCUGUUAUUGUCGUGCUCCUGUGGCUUUUGGUCAGCUUCCACACGAUUAGAGGGACGAUACGAGGGGAUCUAUUCGAGGCUCCGUGUGUGGCAGAUCUGGAUCGGAGGAAACGGGAGGAUUCGGAGUAG